AUGAUGGCGCUCCAACAACCUGACCCCGCGCUAGUAGCGCCUCAAUCAUCCUUGUCCUUCACACAGGGCUUUCUUCUGGGACAGCUCUCUGUAGUAUUGCUGAUCGGCGCAUUCAUCAAGUUCUUCAUCUUUGGCGAAGCUCCCCCGCCCCCUUCCCGUGGCUUAUCCAACCGCACAUCACACCGCCGCUACAGCUCGGUCUACAACCCUCCACAAGAUCAAAAAACACUCCGAGAGAAACCUUCAAACUCGAAUGUCCUUCGUCCAGUACCUGCGUCCUCCACAAAUACGCGCUCCAUUCUCCGAAAGACCUACUACAGCGCAAUUCCCACCAAUCCGUCCAAACAUGGCCGUCACCGAAUGCACCACUCCUCCCAUCAACCGGAGUCAUUGGACUGGUUCAAUGUCCUGAUCGCACAGACGAUCGCACAAUAUAGGCAAACUGCCUACGUGCUGAAAGACUCCCCUACAGCCUCGAUCCUGAGCUCUCUGAACGCCUCUAUGAACAACCCAGAAAAGAAGCCAUCCUUCAUUGACAAGAUCACGGUCACGGACAUUUCAUUAGGAGAGGAGUUCCCCAUUUUCAGCAAUUGUCGAAUCAUAGCAGUGGACGACCCCAACUCCGAUGGCGGCAGGUUACAGGCCCUGUUGGACGUUGACCUCAGCGACGACAACCUCUCCAUUGCCGUAGAAACCUCCAUGGUACUCAAUUACCCCAAGCCUCGAUCCGCUAUCCUACCAGUUGCGCUGUCGGUCUCAGUUGUCCGAUUCUCAGGGACUCUAUGUAUCUCAUUGAUUCCAGCAUCGACCGAGGACCCACUCGAUACACCUGCAAAAACACCCGAGCCGCCCACGACGGGAUCAGGUCCCAAUACAUCCCCUGGAUCUCCCCAAGGACCAUCCUCCCAGGACCAAAAUCCACCCAAAAGCAGCCCCAAAAGCAAUGUCGCGUUCUCGUUCCUUCCAGACUACCGACUUGAUCUAUCCGUGCGUUCCCUCAUCGGUUCACGCAGCCGUCUCCAAGAUGUACCCAAAAUCGCUCAAUUGGUCGAGGCCCGCGUCCACGCGUGGUUCGAAGAACGCGUCGUCGAACCCCGUGUGCAAGUCGUCGGACUCCCAGAUCUAUGGCCCCGUAUGGGCCGUACUGGCGUAAGGACUGGCGAAGAGUCCGACGCCGGGUCCACCGCACCUCCGCGCAGUGCUGGCUCUGCCGAGGCUGGAGCGGGACCGUAUUCAUUCUCUGAUGGCCGGGAGCCAGAGGGCCUGCGGUUCCGCGGGCCUUUGCCUUUGGAUCCUCGAUUGGGACUCGGGGGAGGCUCGCGUAGCAGCAGUUUCAAUGCGGAUAUGGGAAGUUUGCGCAGCCCCAGUAUGACUCGACAGGAUAGUGCUGGUGGUGCAAGUGACCAGUUUUCAAUGCCUGGGGGUAUGCCUGGGGGCACCACGCCCAGAGAGCUAUGA